AACUGUGCUACUGUGUGCUGAUAAGAAAUCUGUUGUGGAACUACUGCAGCUACUUUAUGCCUCUGGUACCACAGCGUGUGAAUCAGAGGAACGGUUGUUUCACAAACUCUUCUCCCAGUACAACCAGUUCAUCAGGCCAGUGGAAAAUGUGUCUGAUCCUGUCACUGUGUAUUUUGAAGUGGCCAUUACCCAGCUUACAAAUGUGGAUGAAGUCAAUCAGAUUAUGGAAACAAAUUUGUGGCUAAGACAUAUCUGGAAUGACUACAAAUUGCGAUGGGAUCCCAGAGAAUAUGAUGGCAUUGAAUUUGUUCGGGUACCAGCAGAUAAAAUUUGGAAACCAGAUAUUGUCUUGUAUAAUAAUGCUGUGGGAGAUUUUCAAGUUGAAGGCAAGACCAAAGCCCUCCUUCGCUAUGAUGGAAUGAUCACCUGGACCCCACCAGCUAUUUUUAAAAGCUCCUGUCCUAUGGAUAUUACCUUUUUCCCAUUUGAUCAUCAGAACUGUUCACUGAAAUUUGGCUCAUGGACCUAUGACAAAGCCAAAAUUGAUCUCCUGAUCAUUGGAUCCAAAGUAGAUAUGAAUGACUUUUGGGAAAAUAGUGAAUGGGAAAUAGUUGAUGCUUCUGGCUACAAACAUGACAUCAAAUAUAACUGCUGUGAAGAGAUCUACACAGACAUAACAUACUCCUUUUAUAUUCGAAGGUUGCCUAUGUUUUACACCAUAAAUCUGAUCAUUCCCUGCCUCUUCAUCUCAUUCCUGACAGUGUUAGUUUUUUACCUACCAUCUGACUGUGGUGAGAAGGUGACUCUCUGUAUCUCUGUGCUCCUUUCCCUGACUGUAUUUUUACUGGUGAUCACAGAAACAAUCCCAUCCACCUCGUUAGUAAUUCCCCUUGUAGGUGAAUAUUUACUCUUCACUAUGAUAUUUGUGACUCUGUCAAUUGUCAUCACGGUGUUUGUCCUGAACAUACAUUACAGGACUCCAACCACACACACAAUGCCCAAAUGGGUAAAAACAGUCUUUCUUAACCUGCUCCCCAAAGUCCUGUUGAUGCAGAGGCCACUAGAACAGCAGAAAAAAAACUUGUCCAGAAAAAACAAGAAAGGAUCAUCCAGUACACCAGGCAAGUCAAAGCACAGCAAGCACAAAGAUACCAAAUUACACAAGGAGCCGCGAUGCAGUCACUGUGAUAAUGCAACUGAACUCACUACCACCAAAAGAAGACGACUGAGCCAUCCGUCACUGAAAUGGAUGGCAGAGCACAUGGAGUACUCCCCAGAAGUGAAGGACGUCAUUAGCAGCGUUCAGUUCAUUGCGGAGAACAUGAGAUCUCAAAAUGAAACCAAAGAGGUAAGGGAAGUAACCACCCAGCUGGGCAUGGGGCCACACUUCCAGCAGUGAAAACGUGAUCUAAGAUGGCAACCCAGAAGAACUAGAGUUGUUGGAUAUAGAGAAGAAAAUGCUUUGACCUGUGAAUGGGUCAGUUUCCUACAGAAAGGGAGAAAAUAAAUCAUCCAUUGGGGAGAGAACAGGGAAAAUGAUGUCAUCUGUUCUUCCUCUAUCCCCAGUGGAUAAUUUAGGCGAGACAGUUUUAGGUUAGACAUGAGGCUCACCCUUUAAAGGAAAAGAAGAGGAACAUCAGCCUGUUCCUGUGGCCAUGAGGAAUGAACUCUGAUCAGUAGUGAUUCAGGCAGAAUUCGUCCUGCCACAAGGCAGAGGAUAGACUAGACAGGAUGUUUCAAGGUCUCUUCCAACCCUGCUUCUGUAGAUGCUCAGAAGCAACCUCUUCCACUGCUCACCAACUGCUCGGUCCUGGUAAGCAGAGACAUCUCCAUACUAGACGUGCUUUUUUCCAAGCAGGGUGCUUUUCUGUGUUAGUAAUGGAAUAAGCAAAUUUUGGGAACUGCAUUUUGAAAAACAGGGCUUGUCUAGCAGUGCCAUGGUUCAUCUGGAGAAGAACUAUUCUCAAACAGUGAUAAAUCUCAUAAAGAUAUUCCUUUCAGAA